UCUAGAAAAGAGGGUGCAAAUUUUGCCUUGCUUUCGAUUACUUAACACUUAUCGGUGCAAGUUUUCCCGUGUUCCGGUGAACUAAUAUCGAAAAUGCUCCGUUUUGCGGCUGGUCGUGUGUUGGGCGGACUUCGCAGUGCCGCUGGGCUGAAGAACAGCCAAUCGAUGGUCGGUGCGAUGGUUGUGCGUCACUCGCACAGCACCGAGACGGACGAGGAGUUCGAUAGCCGCUACGAGGCAUACUUCAACCGGCCGGAAAUCGAUGGCUGGGAGGCACGGAAGGCGAUGAACGAUCUGCUCGGCAUGGAUUUGGUACCAGAACCGAAAAUCAUCGUGUCCGCGCUUAAGGCGUGCCGUCGUCUGAACGACUACGCGCUGGCCGUCCGCUUUUUGGAGGGUGUGAAGGACAAGUGCGGUGACAAGACGAACGAAAUCUACCCCUAUCUGCUGCAGGAAAUCCGCCCGACCCUGACGGAACUCGGCAUCGACACCCCAGAGGAGCUGGGCUACGAUCAGCCGGAGUUGGCAUUGAAAUCAGUGUACGACAUGCACUAAAUCUUCGUUUAAUUUCCUCAUGCCUGAGUGUGUGGUGCGUUGCCCUUACCGUCUCGACCGGGGUGGGUGGGCUUAGUCGUGGUCGUUUUGUCAAUAAUAAAUAAAUACACAGCCAGCUGUUACAUAAUUGGAA